GUGAUUGGAGAUGUGUUUUUCAUCCCGGAGCCUCUCUGUCAGUCACCGCCUCACAGCCAAUGAUAAGUUCGCCUCGGUCGGACCGACUCGCCGCUUGCUCCUCCAGUCCCUCCUCGUGCUGUCCUCGCCGUGCACGCGCGUGGUACCCACGGUCGUGAGGAGGAGGAGGAUGUUGCGCGUGAAGGGGAAAUGGCUGCCGAAAACAAGCCGGAAGGACUGAAGAAAAUUCGUAAUCCGGAUCGAAUGUACAGAUCAGCAGUGUGUUAUGCUGGCCAUGGUCCACCUAAGAGUAUCAGUGAUGACACAGAGACGAACAAUGAACAUGGACAUUUGAAAAUAUACCUGCCCAAGAAGCUGCUUGAAUGUCUACCAAAAUGCACCUCGCUGCCAAAGGAGAGACACCGGUGGAACACUAAUGAGGAGAUCGCAGCUUACUUGAUAACAUUUGAAAAGCAUGAAGAAUGGCUAACGACAUCCCCUAAAACAAGGCCGCAGAAUGGGUCGAUGAUAUUGUACAAUAGGAAGAAGGUGAAGUACAGAAAGGAUGGCUACUGCUGGAAGAAGAGGAAAGACGGGAAGACCACACGAGAGGAUCACAUGAAGUUGAAAGUGCAGGGAGUUGAGUGUCUGUAUGGCUGCUACGUCCACUCCUCCAUCAUCCCCACCUUCCACCGUAGGUGCUACUGGCUGCUCCAGAACCCUGAUAUUGUGCUCGUCCACUAUUUGAAUGUUCCAGCCAUUGAGGAUUGUGGGAAACCAUGUGGUCCGAUACUGUGCUCCAUCAAUACAGACAAGAAGGAGUGGGCCAAGUGGACCAAGGAGGAGCUGAUUGGCCAGCUUAAGCCCAUGUUUCAUGGCAUCAAGUGGACUUGCAGCAAUGGGAACAGCAGCUCUGGCUUCUCAGUGGAGCAGCUAGUGCAACAGAUUCUGGACAGCCACCAAACUAAGCCACCUCCCCGGACUCACAACUGCCUCUGCACGGGCACCCUGGGUGCAGGGAGCAGUGUGCACCACAAAUGCAACAGCGCCAAACACCGCAUCAUCUCCCCUAAGGUGGACCCCCGCUCAGGGGGCUACAGCAGUGCUCACUCUGAGGUGCAAAACAACGAUGUGUCAGAGGGGAAGACCGAGCACAGUGCCCAUGGUGGAGGCAAAGGCUCUGGGGGAGGAGGUGGAGGGGGCAGUGCCAGGGAGAAACGCAAUGGCAAAGUCCACAAGCCUGUCUUGCUGCACCAAAACAGUACAGAGGUGUCAUCCACUAACCAGGUUGAGGUCCCUGACACCACGCAGAACUCCCCUGUCUCCAUCAGCAGCGGCCUCAACAGUGAUCCAGACAUGGCUGACAGCCCCGUGGUGACAGGGAUGAGCCAUGUGGCCUCUGUCAUGUCUGGCCUGUCCCAGAGUGUGUUUAUGUCUGAGGUCACUGGAGACCCUGUGUACAGCAUGUCUCCCACUGGGGGCCCCAACACUCACCUGAUGGGUGCAGAUGCCACCUCACAAGGCUUGGUGCUGUCUGUGACCUCUGAUCGUCACAAAUUUGCCUUCCCCAGUGGAGGAGUAGGGGAACCUGGGACUACUGCCGCAGGAGACCUGUCCAUGUUGUCUGCAGCCGGGGUGUCUGAGGAACUGGUGCUCUCCAGCAGUCUGGACUCUGGAACCAUCAAGAUCCCAGAGACCAAUAUGAACUUUGACCCUGACUGCUUCCUGAACAACCCCAAACAAGGCCAGACCUAUGGUGGCAGUGCAAUGAAGACAGAGGGCAACUCUUCCUCAACCUCAUCUUCCUCCAGUGGCAGUAAUAGCACCAACGGCAAUCUGCAGCGCUCCCCCUCCAUGUCAGACAACGGCUACAGCUUCAGCGCAGCUUUGGUAAAGAAUAUCAAGACAGAAGACACAUCCUUUGAGCAGCAGCUGGCCAAGGAAAGUGGCUACCAGGUGGGGGCAGUAGUAAACUGUGGCAGCGGGGUGUCUGUUUCAUCUGGUGCUGGCUCAGGCCAGGGCAGCCUCACUCUGACCCCUGCAGGCUCCCUGCUUCCUUCUGGUGGGGGUCUGAGUCCCAGCACCACCCUGGAGCAGAUGGAUUUCAGUGCCAUUGAUGCCAAGCAGGACUACACGUCCAGCGCUACCACAGUGAGCUAUGGUCAAGCCAUGUCCAGUCCUCACAUGCAACAUCAGAAUCGUUCGCCCAGUUUCUUCCUUCAGGAUGCCUCUCAGUCCAACCAGGCUCAGCAGGGGAGGCCCAGCAUGGGCCAGAAAACACAUAUGAUGGAGCACAACUCCCAUGACUCUGGAGCUUAUAUGGGGCUGCAGGUGGUGAAGACGGACUCCCCUGGCAGCAAUGGCCAUCUCCAUCACCACCACCAGGCCCACCAAACCCAGCAUAGGGCCAACUGUAAUGGAGGUUCACCCACUGAGGGGCCCGGCCAGACUGGCUCUCUGCAACUGCUGCAGUACCAGGGGAGCUUUCCUGGGCUGGGCGCUGAGCAUGAGGAAGUAGUGGGUCUAGAGCAACCAGGCAGUGUGAGUUCAGCUCAGGCUGGAGCCACUGAGAAUGGAGCAGAGAAUCUACUCAAGCCAGGGGAUCACAUUCAGGCCUGUGGGGCAGGAAACGGAGAGGGUGGGGGGGCAGAGCACUAUCUGCAGCAGGCCUCAGAUGGCGGAGGAGGAGGGACUGGAGGUGCAGGAGAAGGAGUAGCACUUCAUAAUGGAAACAACAACAGUGAUGGCAGCAGCCGCACCCAACAGCAACAGCAGCUGCAGCCUCUCCUCCAAGGCACAAGCAUGGUCCAGGGACUCUACAACGCUGUUGGAACCCACCAAGGCCUGGGUGGAGCAGCCAGUAAUGGAGGAACAGGGGGGACAGGCAUGGAGAUCAGUCUAGAUCACUUUGAUAUCUCUUUUGGAAACCAGUUUUCUGACCUCAUCAAUGACUUCAUCUCAGUGGAUGGCAGUGGAACCACUAUGUCAGCUGGAGGGGCCCUAUAUGCUCACCAGCUAGUCACAUCCCACAGCUCUGAUAGUCAGAACACAGCUGGUGGGGCCCCCCAGCAAGGCCAGGAAGAUGGAGGCGCCAGGAGCUCUGGCUACAACCCUUCAGAGCUCUGCCUUCAACCUUGCUGCAGCCCCCAGUCUCUGAGUGGAGGGGCUGCAGCAGGGGGAAACACAGGAGAGGCAGGCUCCUUGUCCUACAUGAAUGUAGCAGAGGUGGUUUCUGCGGCUGUAGCCCAGGGGGCUCUGGGGAUGCUCCAGGCCACAGGCCGACUCUUCAUGGUCACUGACUACUCUCCUGAGUGGUCUUACCCUGAGGGCGGAGUUAAGGUGCUGAUCACUGGGCCCUGGCAAGAGGCCAGCUCAAACUAUAGCUGCUUGUUUGACCAGAUCUCAGUCCCUGCCUCUCUAAUCCAACCAGGGGUGUUGCGCUGCUACUGUCCAGCUCAUGACACAGGUCUGGUGACGCUACAGGUGGCUGUCAGUAACCAAAUCAUCUCCAACUCUGUGGUGUUUGAGUACAAGGCCCGCGCUCUUCCUUCACUGCCAUCAUCACAGCACGACUGGCUCUCGCUGGAUGAUAACCAGUUCAGAAUGUCUAUCCUGGAGCGCUUGGAGCAGAUGGAGAGGAGGAUGGCGGAGAUGGCCAGCCACCAGCAGCCGAGCAGUGCAGGGAGUGGCGGAGGUGGGGGAGGAACAGGGGGAACAGGGGGAGGAGGAGGUGGAGGGGGAGGAGGCGGAGGAGGUGGAGGAGGAGGCAACAACAGCCAGUCACAGUGUGUAUCUGCCCAGACGCAGGCCAGCAGCUCCUUUGAGAGCCGUGUCGUGGUGGUCUGUGAGAAGAUGAUGAGCAGAGCUUGCUGGGCCAAGUCCAAACAUUUAAUCCACUCCAAGACCUUCAGAGGCAUGACACUCCUUCACCUGGCUGCUGGCCAGGGCUACGCCACCCUCAUCCAGACACUCAUCAAGUGGCGCACCAAGCAUGCUGACAGUAUUGAUUUGGAGUUAGAAGUGGACCCUCUCAAUGUGGAUCACUUCUCGUGCACGCCUCUGAUGUGGGCGUGUGCGCUGGGUCACCUGGAGGCUGCAGUGGUCCUGUAUAAAUGGGACAGACGUGCCCUAGCUAUCCCAGAUUCUCUGGGCCGCUUACCUCUGUCAAUUGCCCGCUCUCGUGGCCAUACCAAAUUGGCUGAAUGUCUGGAGCAGCUACAGAGGGAAGAGCAGCAGCCACCAGCCCCUCUACCACCCGCAACUCGCAUGUCUUUCUCCCCAGCCCCCGACGCCCCCACCACAGACAGCUGGAUGGUCAGCUGGGCAAACGACAGUGUAGUAGCAUCCAGCUGCAAGAAAGGAGGUCCUGCCACCACUACAACCACAACCAGCACCACCAGCCUCAAUCCAGACUUGAGAAGACCCAGGUCAGAGCCUUCCAACUACUAUAGCAGUGAGGGCCAAAGAGACCUCCCUCUAGCUAAAAAACAUAAACCCAACCCAGAACUGUUUCAGACACGGCCUGACAAGGCCAUGUCUGUUCCUCUGAGCCUGGAGCAGCAGCAGCUCCACAAACUGUCCUCUAGCCCCAAGAGCCUGUCCUCAGAGGGCCUGAGCUCAGACAAGGGCCUGUCUACUGGAGGCAGCACAGGGACAGCCAGAUGGACCUCCAGAGAGAGUUUCUCCAGCAGUAGCUUGGGGAGGAAAGGGUUGGGGGUCAGUGGAAGCAGCAGCCUGGGGAAGGAGAAACUGGUCAACCGGUUACGUCAGCGGGAACAGCUAGGUAUGCUGGUGAUGGCAGACAGGGAAAUGGCUGAUGCAGAACUACUAUCCUAUCGGGAGGAUCUGGAGAACCAGGACUGUCUCACACAGAUGGAUGACUUGCAGGUAAACAUGAUGACUCUAGCAGAGCACAUCAUUGAAGCAACACCAGAGAGAAUCAAGAGGGAGAACUUCACCGCCACAGACUCUGUGCCCUUAGACACGUCAGGGGUCAGCAACACCAUGAACUGGCUGGCCAACUACCUGGGAGAUGUGGAGCAGCUGCCGAGCAUAAUACACUUACGAUCUCUGUAUAAUGAACCCCUGACCCCAUCGUCCAACCCCAGCCUCAGUCCUGGUGGGUCUCCGCUAAGAGAGGGGCCCCUGGAGAGGUCCACGCUUCCAUCCCCAGCUGACUGGAGUGAGUUCAUCAAUGCCUCCAACAGCAAGGUGGAGCGAGACCUGGCCCAGCUGACUCUGUCAGAUCCAGAGCAGAGAGAGCUAUAUGAAGCCGCCCGCCUAGUCCAAACUGCCUUCCGCAAGUACAAGGGGCGGCCGCUCCGAGAGCAACAGGAAGUAGCUGCUGCUGUUAUUCAACGUUGUUACAAGAAAUAUAAACAGCUAACAUGGAUAGCCUUGAAGUAUGCACUUUAUAAGAAGAUGACGCAGGCCGCCAUCCUUAUCCAGAGUAAAUUCCGCAGCUACCACGAACAGAAGAAGUUUCAGCAGAGCAGGAGGGCCGCCGUGCUCAUUCAGCAAUACUACCGCAGCUACAAGGAGUUUGGCAGGCUGAAGCCCCACCAUCGUGGGGCAGCCGCUGCCCUGGUGCAGCACAAACUGAGAGGUAGUCUGCUCACAAAGAGGCAGGAUCAGGCUGCCAGGAAGAUCAUGAGGUUCCUACGUCGCUGCCGUCACAGCCCCUUGAUGGACCAUAGACUGUUCAAGCGGGGUGAAAGAAUUGAAAAGGGCCAGGGAACAUGAGACCUCUCAGAAGAGCCCCCUCGCGAUGUGACAUCACUCUCCUGACUCCUCUUUUCUUUUUCGUUUUUACCCAAGACAUUUUACAAGAGAAAUGGAAAAAAAACAUCAAUGCAAACACUGCAAUUAUUACUACUACUGCAGUGUUACAGGUUCAACUACUAUUACAUGUACAACAGCAUUUUUUCACAUAUCUAUUCUUUCCACUGACUUGAUUUCGGUUGGAGAGGAUUCAAGGAUUCAAGGAUUCAAGGAUCAUUUAUUUGCCAAGUAUAGAAAUACAAGGAAUUUGCCUUGGUUCAGCUUUCAAAACACGCAAAGACAUUUAUAUUCAGUAAAAAAUCUAACAUAACAUAGACACUGUUACGCUGGGUGGGUUCAAUAAAAAACCUAACAAAUAAAUAAAAAUCUAACAAUAACAUAAAACACAGACACUGUUAUGAUGACACUGUUAUGCUGGGUGGAGGGGGGUGGGGGUUAAAGUGGCAGGUGCAGGGGCAGAUAGCAGCAGGUCUGUAGGCUGAGGGGGGAGUUAGGCUUAGGAGUUGAUGAAAAAAGUGUUCUUGUGUCUGGUGGUAUUGAUUUUAAUGGUCCGGUAUCUCCUCCCAGAGGGGAGGGGCUGGAAUAUGUGGUGGCCAGGGUGUAAGGGGUCGGCCAGGAUGCCCCUGGCCCGUUUCCUGGCCCUGGAGGUGUGGAUGUCAUGGAGGGAGGGCAGGCUGCAGCCAAUGAUUUUCUCUGCUGAGCGGACGAUGCGCUGCAGCCUGUCUCUCUCUCUCUCUCUUGGUGGCUGAGGGGAGUGGCAACUUCUAUGGGAUUAUAAACUUAAAGGGUUAGGGUGGGGGGUGCAGAACAUUUGCUUCAUGGCAUUUUUUGCACUUUUUCAUGGAUUGCUUUGUCUUUUCUGGAUAUGAAGAGGUUUUGGACGGUGAAGGAAGUGAACGCAGGACAAGUCUAAGGAGGUCUGUCACACGUGAGGACCUGAAGAGACGUAAAAUUAAGACUGCUGCUGAAGAUCUCAGAGGAUAGGGAGACCAUGCAGAAACACUCUGGGCUCUAAUUGUAUUUCAUAAUUUUUUAAGUGACCAAUCAAUUCAUUUGAAGACGGAUUUUUUUUAACCAAAUAUAUUGGUAACGACAUGGCCACUUCUAUCCACUGCUGUAGAUGAUAUAUCCAACUUAGCUCUACAACUCCUCCUGUCCCACUGUGCUCUUCCCCACCAGUCUGCCCACACGGGUAGAGCUACAAAUGAAUGUAGUCGGGGGUUUAACCAUGCAGAAGCAAAUGGGGGAUAAAAUAUUUCUGUUUUGCCAUUUCUUAAAAAACCCUAUGCUUUAUCGUAUAUAUUGUCACUUUAUUACUUGAAUUUGUUCCAUACUGUCCAAUGUAUUUGUUCCAUCAUGUCUAAUGUAUUGGUGAUCUGUAUCUUCAGAUUCUAUGUUGUUGAAUCCUACCAAGAAAAAAUGCAUGACUUCUUGGCAAGAAAAGUCUUUGCUUGUGUGCUUACGGUCUAGUCUUUCAGCCUAUCCUCUGAUUUUCUUUUUAUUUCCAGUUUAGUGGUUCACAUAUCCAUCUUCUCUCACUUAAGUUCCACCAUCUAAGUAUUGAAGCUAUCCUCGUAUUGUCUUGUUUUGUUUGUUUUUUUUCAUUUUAUUUUGUUUCAUUUUGCCUUGUUCAGUUGAUUGCUCCUCUGGAACCUAACAAGAGAAAAGAACUUGCCUAUUUUGUGUUGUAAUGGUUAUGGUCAUGCAGGUUAUUACUGUUCUUUUUAAAUGAACUUCAGAGCCUGUGAAGGCUUUUGAGGGGAAGAUCACAUACAUUGCCUUGACGUCUUAGAGAUUCUUUGAGGGGUCCCUAAGCUUGUCCCAAAAUAGGGGUUUGACAAAUCCAUAUUUUUGACAAUUGAGCGAUUUCUGUAUAUAAAGAAGGCUGAAAGUACGUAGGAAAAAACAUUUACCCAAAGGGGAUUGUAUUUUAGAAAUAUAUUAUUUUAUUCAUUAAAAAUGGGUCAAAAACAGGUAUGAGACAAAAACAGAAUAUUUGUAUAGUUUUGUUUGAAUGCCUAAGAAGUAUGGUUGUAUUGUUUGUAUAUAGUGUAAAUACCUGGGAUAAAAAUGAGCUAUGUGCAUGAAAAGUAUGAACAGAGUCAAAAGGGAAAAAAACAACAAAGCAGUAGUGGCUAUGCUCUGUAAAAUUAAAACUAUUUCACUAUUAGAGUAUUUUAUUUUAUUUUGAUUGUUCUUAAGAAGAACAUUUUGCUAAAGCAUGAUAUUAUUGCAAUGUGAAAAAGUAAAAAAAAUCUGUAUUUAGAGUUAGGAGAAGUCUGCAAAAUUAUCAUAAAACAAGUAUGGUUAUGUUUACUUUUUUUUUUAAUUUAUUUGUUUGUUUUGGGCUACCAAGAAUCUUUUGCCAAUGGUGCCAAGGUAUGUGAACGCUAUAUAGCUUAAGAAGAGAAUUAAGUUAAUUUUUGCAGAACAGAUAAUCAUACAGUGAAAUACACACUAGCACUGAAGACCAUAAGAUCACAACUGGCCGAGGAUCACGAGAACAAUAAGGUACACAGUUUGCAGAGGGAGUUGUAUUUAAGCAGAAAGCAUUGAAGUCUCUCAUGUCUCCACCAUUCCCAUAGCAAGCUGAAGCAUUUUGCCAUCACUGAAUACACCAUAGCAGAGUUUGAGUUUUACUUUUGUUGUCAUUGCAAAUGGAAUGUGAUGUGUUACUGAGGUAUCUUGUCUGAUCUUAAAGAUUGUAAAUGGCAGCCUUGCCCAUGGUGUCCCUACAAAGCAAUCCAUGUUAUUACUCUCUGUCACUGAGAAAGAUUGAAUUCACCUCUUAAAAUGUGCAGUAUGUUGCGGCAAGCAUUGAGUUUAUCAACCCUAGGCUGAUCCCUGGAGUAAACUGGUGACAUGAUUUUCCUAAUUCGGUAAGAUUAAAAAAAAAAAAAAAUCCUUGAUCAAGGCUGCCAGGGUCUAAAUAGACCUUCCAUGUAACAAACAAAAAACAAUGUCAAGUUGAAAAAUAUGUGUAGCAUACUGUU